ACGACAUGUUGCAAGGAAUUGAGCUGACAUUUUUUACUUCUUUUUUAUAUUACCUAAACGCCACUUGAUUAACGAAAAGAGGGUAAAGUUGUGUUUUUUAGGUUAGAGGUAAGAAACGUGAUUUAUUUCCCCACUUUUUACACCGGGAACAAUGUGAUGGAAUGAUUACCACCUUUAACAAUUUUUGUUACUUUACUCAUUAACUAAUCAGAUUCUAACGAAAACCGUAACCUAAUUUGGUAUCCACCCCAAAAAAAAUUAAAAAAAAAUACCAAACACCCUCAAAAAUCAAAAUUGACAACUCUAUAAAUUGUGUACUUCAACGAUUUUAUAAAUUUUUUGUGGAUAGAGCCCAUAGAGGUGAGAAAGUUCCACGGAUAGCAUGGCUUCUGCUACAGUAAAUGGACUGUCCAUGAACUGGUUUGCCUCAAAGCUCAUUUUUCCAACUUUAUGUUUCCUUCCAAAAUCUCAAUUAUUUCCUCAAAUUUCUCCUCCUCCCUCUUUCUCCUCUUCUGGGUUGAACAAACUUCAACGUCUUUUGAGAGCUUCUUCUGAAGGGCUUCAAGUUCCAAGUGAGCUAGAUGAAGAUUCAAAGUUUGUUCCUCUGGAAGCUGAAGAACCAAGCUAUGGUCCCCCGGCUCUACUACUUGUGGGUUUUGAAGUGGAAGAGGCAGAUAAGAUACAGCAGCUUCUGAAGGAGUUGGAAGGGGAGUUUUUGCAGGUUAUCUACUGCACCGAAGACAUGAUUACUUGCUCACUUUGGGAUGCAGUGAAUACUAAACAGCAGGACUUGGAGAAUUUGAAGAUUGCAAAAUCAGUACAGCGGAUAUGCUUUCUUUCUGGACUUACUGGGGAGGAGAUGAUGAUGUUCAUAGAUGCCUUCGAAGAAUCUGGGCUAGAGAAUGCUGUAUUCGCUGCCCAUGUUCCCAAUAGUUCCAAUAAACCAUUAGAGGAGUUGAUCGAAGAGAUUAAGGGAGAUCAUGAAAUGCUGUCUGCGAGGCAAUCAGAUUCUGAGUAGGCAAACGAUUUACUGAUUUGCUCCAAAAGAUGUGAAAGAUCAUAAUAUUUGAAUACGUAUCAUGCAACAGUUAAUCCGCAUUCACACUCUCCCCCUUGUCUCCUUUAUUGGUUGGUGUAUUGUAUUUGAAUACGUGUCAAGCCAUCUUGAGUAAUAUAUGAGCAAAUCUUAGAAAGGGGUAAGUGAAACAUACAUAGUAACAAUGAUACAAUGGAUUUGUUUCUUUCAUGUGCUUUUCUCAUGUACUGUAUGCUAGUAGUUGUUGAUUUAACCAAUUUAAACUAUUUUUUGAAACAAUAAAACUAACAUUUAUUUAUAAAGACUGAUAUUUUUUGGAUA